UCCAUUGAAGGGAAAAACUAGUUGAAAAUAUUUGCUUCUAAAUUUCUUUUUUCUUAUUCCUCGCAUUGAAUAAGGAAACAAAAAAAAUACAAAUGAACAUUUUUUUCGUAUAUGAUAUCAAAAAAGAAAGAACGUUUGUUUGACAGGAUUUUUUUCAUAGUAUUAUUUUUAUAUUCAAUAUUUUAUCAAAUCAAGGUUUUUUUUUUCUUUGGCUUUUUUUUUUCUCUUUAUUUCUCUUUAAAAUUAAAAAGAAUAUUUGCCUGUAUUUCUUGCCUAAAAUGUCGUAUCAACCCGUUUAGGUCUUUAGGACAACGUUAAUAAACAUGUCAUUACAGUGAAAAUGUUUUUAUCAGCUGAAAAGUGAUUAAUAAAUCACAUUACUUGUAAAUUUACGUUACCACAGCGCAAAAAGCGCACGUGAUUAUAGUAAAAUAUUUGUCACGUCCCCUGUUUUUAUUUAUGUGGAGGAACUUGACCGCGAUUUGUCACUUUAGGGAUGGGGAAAUAUUAUUGGCUAUAUGUCAUGUGUCAACU